AUGAAACUUGUCAUAUGCCUCGCACUCGUCGCCGUCGGAACUACGAUCACCUACGGACAAGCUCCGGAGUUUUCGGACAAGAUUCCUGACGGAAUCGUUGGCGGAGUCCUGGGACUUUCGGGUGAAUCUGUUGGAGAGUCAAUCACGCUGGACAAACCACGAUCUCCCGAAUACUUCUCGAUCGGCUACUCCCAUAAUUACUACCUGCGACGCCCGUAG